AUGGACAAGGGCUUCAUUUUGUGGAGUAAAGAGUUGCUGUACAUGGCAAGGGAGGACGGGGGUGUUCGAGGGAAUGAUCCGGAGAUCCCCCUCACCUACCUCACAGAGAGACGCAUCGGAUCGCUCCUCACCAAGACGAAUGAGCUGAAGCGGGACAUGAUACUCAAGGCCGCUGACCUGCCGCUGGGGCUGGACACCUUUGUCUCGCAUGUCAAGCUCCUAAAGUGCUGGCGCAGGAAGAGUGAGAGAUGGAAGUUGGCAUGUGGGAACUUCAUGCAAUCACCGCUGGGUGACACAUCGCCGACUUCAUCGCGGGAGGAGGUAGAGAGGGAGAGAAUCAUCUUUGAUCGCCAUACUUUGCUGAACACAAAAACCCCAGUAGGAGGGCAGAAGGUGGCGGCGAAGGUAUGGGAAGUCCGGCUGGGGGACCUGCUGUGCCCGGACGACGUGGGGGGCCGGCGCGCAAAAGACGUAAAAUAUGUGGUGAAGGAGCUUGGCGGUACCAAGCAAGCGAAGCUAGCACUACGGGCCUGGGAAGCUGUACCGCAGAACUGGAAGCUGCUUCUCCUGCAUGCUGAGCAAAGGCAGGAGCCCCGUCUGCCCCUGAGGGUCCCUCUCCAGAGAAUCCCGGUGCUCAGCGGUGGGCAGCUGACGAUGGACAGGGAACUGAAGGUUAACUGGCAGCAGAGAAAGCAUCAAUCCGCCAAGAGGGAACUGGAGUUUGAAACUUUGGAGCACUGCCUUUUCACCUGCUCGCGCAUUCAACGUGUGGUGGUGGCAGUCAGGCGUGCCAUGCGCAUGCUUCACCGGGCGAGGCAAGUGGUGGACCUGGACGAUUUACUGUUUGGCAAGGCAGCGUCCACCUCAACCUUUCCAGAAGCCUCGCUGGCUGCCAUUGCGGUGCACCAGAUCUGGGCAGAAAGAUGCGAGUGUGUGAGAAGAAAUUUCGGGCUCGGCACGUCCUCAGGCGUAUCGAGGCAGCCUUUCGGCUGCAUCUGA